CCCUUCCUUCCCCACCCUAUUAAAACAACCUCCAAGUCUCACUUGUUAAAAAGCCCCCACAGAGGCAGAGGAACCCAACAGCCCAGGGAGGAGGAAGGGAAAAAAAUAAGAGAGAGAGAAAGAGAGGGAGAAGAAGGAUUCCCAAGAAGAAAGGAAAAGGGGAGAAGGAAAAGAUUAAUAGCAAAUCAAAGAAGGAGGCAAGAGGCGCCUGGAAAAUAUUCCCCAGCCACUGCUGCUGCAACUGCUGAAGCUGGAAAGCUCCAGAUAGAAGCUCCAUUCAGCUCCGACCAAAGAGAGAGAGAGAGAGAGAGCUCAGUCUUGACGGAUGCUGCUCUUGCUCCGACUGCGUCCUGCUCAACUUUCUUCCAACUUCGAUGCCCGGCGCCUGGAAGACUCUGCGGGCGGCAGGAAGGGGGCCGGCUUUGAAGCCCCUUUGGGACGGGAAAGCCCCUUGUUUUAAGGCCAGGAAAAGGAGGAGAGGAAGAGGGCGCACCAAGGGAGAAGGGCACUGACCCUGAGCACACAUUGGGGAUCCAGGUGGAGAGAAAGGCUGCGCGCCAAGGCUUCAUCCUCUUCGCCCGACUCUCCUUCUUUUCCAUGCUUUGGAGGCGAGGGGUCCCCAAACCUCUCCAAAAGCUGGCCCAGCCCCUCUCCCACCCCUUCCCCACCGAAGCCCCCUCGGGUUUGUGGUAGACCGUGGAUGCGCUCAAGGCUAGCAAGGCGGCAAGAUGCAUUGCGAGAGGUUUAUAUGUAUCUUGAGAAUACUUGGAACCACGCUGUUUGGGGUAUCUCUCCUCCUUGGAAUCUCAGCUGCUUACAUUGUGGGCUACCAGUUCAUCCAAACAGACAACUAUUAUUUUUCCUUUGGACUCUACGGUGCUAUUCUGGCAUCUCACCUCAUCAUCCAAAGCCUGUUUGCCUUUCUCGAACACAGAAAAAUGAAGCGAUCUCUUGAGACCCCCAUCAAGCUUAACAAAACUGUUGCCCUUUGCAUUGCUGCCUACCAAGAGGAUCCUGACUACUUAAGGAAAUGUUUACUUUCAGUGAAAAGACUCACCUACCCCGGAAUUAAAGUGAUUAUGGUCAUCGAUGGGAAUUCGGAAGAUGAUGUUUACAUGAUGGACAUUUUUACUGAGAUCAUGGGCAGGGAUAGAUCUGCAACCUACAUCUGGCGGAAUAAUUUUCAUCAAAGAGGCCCCGACGAGAGUGACGAGUCCCAUAAAGAGAGCAUGCAACACGUUACACAGCUGGUCUUGUCCAACAAAAGUGUCUGCAUCAUGCAAAAAUGGGGCGGGAAAAGAGAAGUAAUGUACACAGCAUUCAAAGCGCUGGGUCGAAGUGUGGAUUAUGUACAGGUAUGUGAUUCUGAUACGAUGCUUGAUCCAGCUUCAUCAGUGGAAAUGGUAAAAGUUUUAGAAGAAGAUCCAAUGGUUGGUGGUGUUGGGGGAGAUGUUCAGAUUUUGAACAAAUACGAUUCAUGGAUCUCCUUCCUCAGCAGCGUCAGAUACUGGAUGGCAUUUAAUAUUGAAAGAGCCUGCCAGUCCUACUUUGGCUGUGUCCAGUGCAUCAGCGGACCUUUGGGGAUGUACAGGAACUCCUUGCUCCAUGAAUUUGUGGAGGAUUGGUACAAUCAAGAAUUCAUGGGUUCUCAAUGUAGUUUUGGAGAUGAUAGACAUCUCACUAACCGAGUCUUGAGCCUUGGCUAUGCAACAAAAUACACCGCUCGAUCCAAGUGCCUUACCGAGACACCUAUAGAAUAUCUCAGGUGGUUGAACCAACAGACCCGUUGGAGUAAAUCCUAUUUCCGAGAGUGGCUAUACAAUGCAAUGUGGUUCCACAAGCAUCAUUUGUGGAUGACUUAUGAAGCGGUCAUCACUGGGUUCUUCCCAUUUUUUCUCAUUGCCACCGUCAUCCAGCUUUUCUACCGAGGGAAGCUAUGGAACAUCCUCCUUUUCCUUUUAACUGUUCAGCUUGUGGGCCUUAUCAAGUCUUCCUUCGCCAGCUGCCUUAGAGGAAACAUUGUCAUGGUGUUCAUGUCCCUUUACUCAGUGUUGUACAUGUCAAGUUUACUUCCAGCCAAGAUGUUUGCCAUUGCCACAAUAAACAAGGCGGGGUGGGGCACAUCAGGGAGAAAAACCAUUGUGGUCAACUUCAUUGGACUCAUCCCUGUGUCCGUUUGGUUUACAAUCCUCUUAGGUGGUGUUAUUUUCACUGUAUACAAGGAAUCCAAAAAGCCAUUUUCUGAAUCAAAACAGACAGUGCUGAUUAUUGGUACGAUACUUUACGCCUGUUAUUGGGUGAUGCUUUUGACUUUGUACUUGGUUCUCAUCACCAAAUGUGGACGGCGGAAGAAAGAACAACAGUAUGACAUGGUGCUCGAUGUAUGAUUUGACCACUGUGUCUUUAUUAUUUUUUAAUAUUCUUUUUUUCUGACUGCCCAUGGGAAGUUUUUUUGAAUGACCCAAUCAGGUUUCAAUUGGCCUGAGGAUGAACUUUCUAGUGUUUGUGGCACUGAAUUUGAUAUCACCAAGGGAAAAAAAGAUCACUGCUGCUUGGAAACGAACAUGAACAAAUUCAUGACCAUGCCAAAGCAAAAUAAUAAUAAUAACAAUAAUAAUAAUAAAUGUGAUUGUGCCUUUUGGGGGAGGGGGGAGGGGGAAAAAUCACAUAGAUUCAACCCAUCCCUAUGGGUGGUCUUUGAUGAUGCACUUUCUUCUGUUUUGCGUAUGCCCAAAAGUGUUAACGUCCUCUAUAUACCUCAUUGGUCACGCUCAUGAUGUGGAUGGACGAGGAAGAAAGGGAGUUUUGGAGACACAAGCAAAGGAUCUGAUAACCGCUUGCAACCUAAUUUAUGAACUUCUUGUUGUUCUGUGAUUUUUUUUCUAGGAAGGCCUUUUUGUGAGUUUUUGGUGUGUAUGUGUGUGUGUAAGUCUGUGUGUUAGGCUGCCAAUCGUUUAUUCCAAAGUCAAUUUUUUUAUAAAGUUUGAUGACCAAGUUGUAUUUUUAUAUAAUUGUAAUUAUUUGUCUCUGUUUACUUUUUACACCAGUUUUUUUAAAAAAAGAAUCUCAUAUUUUAUAUUUCUGCCAAAAAUUACACUUUUCCCCUCCUCCAUCAACUUCUCAGUCUCUCCUUUUUUUUUCUAAACAGGUUUUGAGUAAUCCCUCCUUUAAAAUGAAACAAAGCAAAAACUCUGGCCUACAAUGUGAAAACAGAUACAGGAUUUUUUUCACAAUGGAAAGAAUAAAAUGUCUCGCUGUAAUUUUAAAACUGAUGAAUGGCUAUUUCUGUGAAAGUAUUUAAAUGUGUGCUUUUGAUUUUCAUUUGGGAUGAAAAAUUCCAGGUUAGGUUUUGAAGACAAAAAUCUUUUUGUACAAACAUGAGCCUAGUCUUCCAGGAAGUUCGUCUGCAUAGAAUUCCAUUGAAAUGAAUGGGAAUAUGCAUGAAACAUUGCAAUGUGAAGUGCUUUUUGGCAAGGCUCUAACCUGUAUGCCCUUUACCAAUAUACUCCACUCCCUGUCCUGUUUUUUUAACUUUCCCAUAUUUUUUCCAGCAGAAUGUCAUCAUUCCAUUGCUACUGGGCAGAUGUUGUGCACUUUGCCCAUUUGGCUUUCCCGUUUCCAAAUUUUAAUGUGAGCGUGUAAAAAUGUGCAAAAUAGCUUUCUGGGGAAUUGAGCCCAUUAAGGCCAAUGGGAUGGAUAUGUGCAAUCUCUUUCCCCAGAAAUUUUUUAUGAGGGAAUAUGACUUCUGUCAGAUGGUGCACAUUUAGGGAUUUAACCGAUGCCUUAAUAGCUUUUUCAAACCCUAAAGGAUCUGGGGCCCAAUGCAAUGUCUUUUAUGAAGUCCUCCCCUGCUCCAAACAGUUAUUGAUCACUUUACUUGCUAACCCUUCACUUGAAUAGUGUUGAUAUAGAGUGAAUUUCUUGAGUUUUUUGUUUUUGUUUUAGAGCCCUUUCUCACUAUACAACAAUAUGCUAUCAUUCUGCUGUAAGUGCCAUGGCUGCAACUUACAGAACCCUGAGGAUUGUAGAGUUAUGAGAUAUAGUCAUUCUAUGAAAAUGAAAAAUGAUGAAAAAAUAAAUGGCUUUUUUAUCCAGGAGAACACCUUCUUAGGAAUGUAUAAGUCCUUCGGCAUCACUCUAUGGUCACCUUUUGUUGGAAACUGUCCAUAGAAUUGCAUUGGAUGGCUUAGAGAUUCCCAGGGAGUGGUCAUCUCUAGGGAUCUCUAGAUCCUACACCAUGACUGGGGAAAGUAGAUUGGAGUCACACUGGAAGACCUAGAGAUUCCUAGAGAGAUUGUUUUAAUCAAAUCCAUUAAUGAUGAAAUCUUCAAAACAUAAGCCUGCCAAUAUGCAGGUAAGGUUGCAGUCCUGUAACCCCCCCCCCCAUGAACCCCCCCCCCAAGGGUUUCAUAGGAUGUUGUCAUGGCAGUUGAAGCAGAUUCAUCAUGCUAUAAUUGUGUACUUUUGAAGGAUCUCCCUUGAAUUUUGGUGAAAUUUGUAUUUGGAGCAAGUUGGAAAGUCCUUCAUGUGAAAGAUUUCAGCUUCAGGAUUACUUCUCAGAUCUGGUCAGAUGCAGGCAACAAGUUGCAGAAUAGACCACCUCACUUCACAAUACAGGUCCACCCCCCAGUCUUCUCUUAUGAAAAAAGGACCCUGCAAUCUUAACUUUGUCCAUAGAGUUAAGAUUUCUGCACAGCUGUGGAACUCAUCUCACCUUCAAGUUGUUGCUGGUCUGCAAGACUCAGCAGCCCUGGCCAACAGAGCCAAUGGCGAGAUAUGCCAACAUGAUCUGGACCUUAUAGCAUGCAUUUUAUUGACAUACUGUUUGAUAAUAUUAAUUUUAUAAAUCAAUGGAUUUUUUUCUAAAUUGUGAAGAAUUGAAAAAUGGCAAGUUGUGCAUCCCAGAUUGUGCAUUCCAGCAUUCUCUUGCCCAAAAUCAACCAUCUUAUUUUAUAUUAUUUAAAAUUGUAUGCAGACUUUCUGAAUGGGAAGCCAUAUGUCUGUAAUUAAUGGUGAAAGAACACCAUAAACUCAAAUGCACAGUUUUAGGUUGGGGGUUAAAUUUAGUGCUAACUAAGAACAAUGCCCUUCAAGUCAAUGAGGCUUGUAUUCAUCCUAUUCUGUUGGUUCCAUUGGAUCAAUUAUAAGUCUGGACCUAACCUCUUUGCAUUAUUUCACAUUUCUCUCCCAUCUACUUCCAAUGGUAUUCCCAUUUAUUACAAUGCAAGGAGCAGUUCCUGUUAUUCACAGAAGUCAAUAGUAAAACUCUGUAGGUAAAAAAGAAUGCUAUUGACACUUAAUGAACUCCUGCACCAGUAAAGGACUGAAUCAUCAUUACUUACUAAUAAACCUAUGACACGAUAAAGAUCUGAACCAUUUACAUCAUAUAACUUUCUUGCAUUUGUCAACAUUUUCAAACACACACUUGGCUCAUAGCAAUUCCUCCAUAUUUUUCAGACAAAAGUAGCCCCAUGUUGCAGAUAUAUGAGCUCUUGAGUGAUGCUGUAAUAUUGUUAACAAAGAUCUCAAAUUACACAAAGUUCAUAUCUUUCAACCCAAUAUUUUACUGAUACUAAUGUAUGCUUCUGAAUGUUUAGAACUGGAAUUAAGCCACCAGACUAGUCAACCUGAGUGACAACAGUCCCUUCCAAGCAAAAACAAGAAUCAAAAAAGUAUGAAAAAAUAAUGAGUCAGGGGCAAUUUCCCAGCUCCCUAAAUGGCUUACUGGGUGAAAAAGCCAAACAUUGGUUGGAAUACUGCAUCAGGAGAUGUAUGUCUAUGUAACUAUGUCCUCAGAGCUUAUAUCUCCUGGAGCUACCAUCCAAAGCCCCACACUUUAAGUGACACAGUCCCCCUAUUGUAAUUUCAGUGUCACUGUAGAGCAGGGCGUGUCUCUAAUGGGCAUAUCUCCAGCCAUUUUCCUGUAGUUGGAUGCAUUACAACAGAUAUCUACAAGAACUUCAGGGGAUCCUUAGAAGUUUCUCCAGAUGUCCCUUGCAGCACAGCCAGCUACAGGAAAUUGUUGGACAUCUCUUAUCUUCCUGCUCUCUGAUAAUAUGAAAAUGAAUCAUUUAAAAGGUGAGCUUUAGGUGGGAGUACUUUGGUCAUUGUGCAAACAAUAAAGGAUUCUAGUCUCUGUAAAGACCAAAAUGGUUGCAAUCGCCAAAGCUGGACUUAUGCUGUUGUAACUCACUAACAGGAUGCCUGUCAGAGUAACACUUUAAUCCCAUUGAAAUUAAUGGGGCAAGGCAGUCAUGAUUAAUAUUCGUCCCAUUGAUUUAUGUAGGAUGAAAGUUAAUCAGGACUAGCUGGCCAUAUUCUUUUUGAUGAAACUUGAAUGCUGCUGGCUUCUAGGACAAUCCUAUAUGUGUCUACUCCGAAACAAACCCCAGUCUGUUCAUAGGGUUUAAUUCCACACAUGCAACCAUGGUCUGGAUGUAAUACCACAGUGGGAAGUACUUUGUUGUUGAACUUCCCUCUGUCUGCUUCUCUCAUUGAUGCAAUUUGGUAGACAUAUGAUCAGUUAGAUUUUAUACACCACUCGUCUUCCCCUCUUUUACUCUACCUACAAAUAGAGGUCGGAUGUGUUGUCAAAGGCUUUCAUGGCCAGAAUCACUGGGUUGCUGUGAGUUUUCGGGCUGUAUGGCUAUGUUCCAGAUGCAAUAUUUCCAGGAGAGAAUGCUUCUGGAACAUGGCUUUACAGCCCGGAAAACUCACAGCAACCCAAUAAAGGUCUGGAUUUUGAAAAGGGAAAGCUGGGUCCCAGUUCCUGCAUAGGAAAAGUGAGAUAAUAUUAAUGCCUAAGAAUAUUUGUGAAGAAACGAAAGAAUGUCAGCAAGGUUACUAAUCCAUAUCUUUAGGAUCUGUGCAAGGAGAUAACACCGUGGUAAAACUUUGUUCUCCAUGGAAUGCAGCUAUGAAAUUGACUUUUUCUUCUGUUGUGGAAUUUGUAACACACACACUGCCUUCUGCCUGACUGAGGAAAAUUGAAAAUUGCUUGAAAAUUGGUCUUAAAGUAUGCUCACAAUUGGGAUGAGAGGGGAGUGGAGAUGAAACCUUUUUUGGUGACCCAGUGAAUCAGUAUUAAACAUUUUAAGAACAAAAAGAAGCAAAGGACAAAAAUGGGGGAAAAAAGAAACUUGACUUUGCCUUUCUAACUAUUUAUAUUGUAUAAGUUAUAGCUUUGGGGUUAAUGCCGUUCAAGUGUCAGAUAAAACUCAUUCUAUAAGAGAUUGAAUUAAUUGCCUAUAUUUAUUUUAGCAAUUAUUCAAUACAUUUCAAGUAUAGGUUGUUUAGUACAAUUGUUACUUCAAUAAAGAAAAUAUUUUUGAUA